UUGAACUCGAGUUGGAAGAGGCGAGUCCGGUCUCAAAAUGGAGGGCCAUGAUCCAAAGGAACCAGAACAGUUGAGGAAGCUGUUUAUUGGUGGUCUGAGCUUUGAAACCACAGAUGAUAGCUUAAGAGAACAUUUUGAGAAAUGGGGCACACUUACAGACUGUGUGGUAAUGAGAGAUCCCCAAACAAAACGUUCCAGGGGCUUUGGUUUUGUGACCUACUCUUGUGUUGAAGAGGUGGAUGCUGCAAUGUGUGCUCGGCCACACAAGGUUGAUGGGCGUGUGGUGGAACCAAAGAGAGCUGUUUCUAGAGAGGAUUCUGUAAAGCCUGGUGCCCAUUUAACCGUGAAGAAAAUUUUUGUUGGUGGUAUUAAAGAAGAUACAGAAGAAUAUAAUCUGAGAGACUACUUUGAAAAGUAUGGCAAAAUUGAAACCAUAGAAGUUAUGGAAGACAGGCAGAGUCGAAAAAAGAGAGGAUUCGCUUUUGUAACUUUUGAUGACCAUGACACAGUUGAUAAAAUUGUUGUUCAGAAAUACCACACUAUUAAUGGGCAUAAUUGUGAAGUGAAAAAGGCCCUUUCUAAACAAGAGAUGCAGUCUGCUGGAUCACAGAGAGGUCGUGGAGGUGGAUCUGGAAACUUUAUGGGUCGUGGAGGAAAUUUUGGAGGUGGUGGAGGUAAUUUUGGUCGUGGUGGAAACUUUGGUGGAAGAGGAGGCUAUGGUGGUGGAGGUGGUGGCAGCAGAGGUAGUUAUGGAGGUGGUGAUGGUGGAUAUAAUGGAUUUGGAGGUGAUGGUAACUAUGGUGGUGGUGGGAACUAUAAUGACUUUGGAAAUUAUAGUGGACAACAGCAAUCAAAUUACGGGCCCAUGAAAGGGGGCAGUUUUGGUGGAAGAAGCUCAGGCAGUCCCUAUGGUGGUGGCUAUGGAUCUGGUGGUGGAAGUGGUGGAUAUGGUAGCAGAAGGUUUAAAAAAAAAAGUAGCUGA